CGCGCCCGAGCGAGCCUCGGGCUCCCCUCGGACCCAGCGCGGCGCGGGGGUCAGUGGUUCUCUCGGGUCUCGGGACAGGUGAGCACCCUGAUGAAGGCCACGGUCCUGAUGCGGCAGCCUGGGCGGGUGCAGGAGAUCGUGGGCGUCCUCCGCAAGGGCGGCGGAGAGAGGUUACAGGUGAUUUCUGAUUUUGACAUGACCUUGAGCAGGUUUGCAUAUAAUGGAAAGCGAUGUCCUUCUUCUUACAAUAUUCUGGAUAAUAGCAAGAUCAUCAGUGAGGAGUGUCGGACAGAGCUCACAGCGCUCCUUCACCACUAUUACCCAAUUGAGAUCGACCCACACCGGACCAUCAAGGAGAAGCUACCUCAUAUGGUGGAAUGGUGGACCAAAGCGCACAACCUCCUGUGUCAGCAGAAGAUUCAGAAGUUUCAGAUAGCCCAGGUGGUUAGAGAGUCCAAUGCAAUGCUCAGGGAGGGAUACAAGACCUUCUUCAACACACUCUACCAUAACAACAUUCCCCUUUUCAUCUUUUCUGCGGGCAUUGGUGAUAUCCUGGAAGAAAUUAUCCGACAGAUGAAAGUUUUCCACCCCAACAUCCACAUCGUGUCUAACUACAUGGAUUUUAAUGAAGAUGGUUUUCUCCAGGGAUUUAAGGGCCAGCUCAUACACACAUACAACAAGAACAGCUCCGUGUGUGAGAACUCUGGUUACUUCCAGCAACUUGAGGGCAAAACCAAUGUCAUCCUGCUGGGAGACUCCAUCGGGGACCUCACCAUGGCCGAUGGGGUUCCUGGUGUGCAGAACAUUCUCAAGAUUGGCUUCCUGAAUGACAAGGUGGAGGAGCGGCGGGAGCGCUACAUGGACUCCUAUGACAUCGUGCUGGAGAAGGACGAGACUCUGGAUGUGGUCAAUGGGCUGCUGCAGCACAUCCUGUGCCAGGGGGACCAGCUGGAGAUGCAAGGCCCCUGAGGGCACAGGCUUCAGCCCGACCUGCAGGCCGUGGUGAGGAGUCCGCUCCCCCAUGGACACAGAGCAGAGGCCAGGGUGGCCAGCAACGGCUGGGUCCUUCUAUACCCCUCCGUCCUCCUUUCCCUGAGCACCUUCAUCACCAGAGGCUUGAAGGAGCCCCGCCGUGUGGCAGGGCACAAGCACUGGUCCUGGUGAACCUUGGACCACAGCAUGUCAGUGCUCUAGGGAUUGUCUAUUCCAGGGAUUUUUUUCAACACUUUUAAAAAUGGGAAGUUGUUCUUCAAACAAAUAUAAUGUGUGAAACAGAUCAAAAUUUU